AUGGCGCGAAAGAAGAUCAUCAUUGACACGGAUCCAGGCAUCGAUGACAUCCUUGCCAUCUUGCUGGCUCUCUCCGCCACCCCGGAGGAGGUUGAAGUCCUGCUCAUCUCACUAACAUUUGGAAACAUUGAAGUAAAAAACUGUCUCUGCAAUGUCGUGUCGAUGUUCCAUAUCCUCGAGCGGGAGGUGCAGUGGCGCCGCGCGAAUGGGCACCCCGAAGGCUUCGGGACACUACGGGCUUUCCGCCCAGUAGUGGCUGUGGGUGCAGAGGAUCCGCUUGAGGAUCAGAAGAUGCUGGCAGAUUACUUCCAUGGAAAGGAUGGGCUUGGGGGUAUCCACACGAGUCACCCCCAUCUGACACCUAGCCAAGCCUGGGAGCAUCUCUUCGAUCCCACCGUCGAUCCUGAUGGUAUACAACCCGUCCAGACUGGUGCCGGCACCGGCGACCAUUCGUUUAUCCCGUCGAAGAAACCUGCGCACCAGGAGAUUUUGCGAACCCUGCGCGAGAAUGAGCCGGAUACUGUGACCCUCGUGGCCGUGGGACCCCUCACCAACCUUGCCCUGGCCGCGGCACAGGACCCAGAGACAUUCCUGCGCGUGAAGGAGGUGGUUGUCAUGGGUGGAGUAGUGAACAUCCCAGGAAAUGUUACCCCUAUGGGCGAGUUCAAUUCCUACGCGGACGCCGUCGCCGCCGCACGCGUCUUCGCUCUCACGUCACCGAACCCUCAUACGACUCUGCCACCCACCAAGAGUGCGCAUCUCCCGCCAUAUCCCGCGACUCUGAGUCGACAGCUAACCCUCCGUCUCUUCCCGCUGGACAUCACCCAGCGCCAUAACCUGUCGCGUGGGGAGUUCCGUGCCACCAUCACCCCGCUCUUGAACGCAGGCUCGCCGCUGGCCGAAUGGGUCUCAGCCUUUAUGGCGCACACCUUCCGCACCCUGGAAGCCCUGCAUCCUGGACAUAUUGGGGACGACGCCCAGCUGAGUCUGCAUGAUCCGGUUUGUGUUUGGUACGCCCUGACUGCCGAGGACCCGCACUGGAUGCCGUCUGUCACCUCGCCGGAGGAUAUUCGGGUCGAGACCCUGGGUCAGUGGACUCGUGGCAUGUGUGUGGUUGACCGCCGCAAUCGUCAUCGCAUCGAGGGGGAUGUCGAGAGCUCGAGUGACCAUGGGCUCUGGCUGAGCCGGCGUGCAGGCAAUCGCAUCUGGCGGAUGGACAAGUCGCCCGCUGAGGCGACGUUUGGCCGCAUUAUUCUCCAGAAACUGUUUGGUUAG